UCGACGGAGACAAUAGCUCACAACUUCAAGUGGAGCAAUAGGGCGGGAGCUUGGACAUCGGUCCGGUGGCGCAAUAGGGAGGAGAAAGGGGCGCCGUUGGAAGCCGCCUUGAAAGGAGGAAAAACAGCGAGCGCUCGGGAGUAUGUACGGGCCACUUGGGGUGUGGUGCCGAACGUAAGCAGGCCCACGUGCAAUCAGUGGUGCCAGUGGACUGGAUACAUAGCACAUGCAUGCAAAUAAGCGUUUAUAGACAGACUCGGAGUAUUUUAUUUAAAUGGAGCAACGACAACGAUCCCCACACAUGUUCAUCAGCUACAGCUAGCCCUUGAGAGCUCUCUCUCUUUUUUUUUUUUGAGAGCAGAUAGAUGGGUGAUUCCACUAGUACGGGCUUCGCGGCGGCCCUGGAGCUGUGGCAAGAACACCAGCUGAGCAUCCUCGUCGUCGCGAGCCUCGCCAUCCAGUGGUUCCUCUUCGUCUUCGCCCCGCUUCGACAGCAUCGGAUCCCAGGUCUGCUCAGGCUCUCCAUCUGGCUGGCCUACCUGGGCAGCGACGCCGUGGCCAUCUACGCCCUCGCCACCCUCUUCAACUCCCACCGGUGCGACACCGACACCGGCCGCCCCGGCGUGGAGCUGCUGUGGGCGCCAAUCCUGCUGGUGCACCUGGGCGGCCAGGACAGCAUCACGGCCUACAACAUCGAAGACAACGAGCUAUGGCGGCGGCAUGUCGUAACAGCGGUGUCUCAGGUCGCCGCUGCGAUCUAUGUGUUCGUCAAGGCGUGGCCGAAAUCCCUGGUGACUACUGCUCACCAAGCAGUUAACCAAGCCACCCUUGACAAGGUAAAUGCCAUCCAGGCCCAUAACGAAGAGAUGGAGGCUUACGGGAGAAUCUUCACACCAGCACUUCUUCUGUUCUUCUGCGGGAUCACCAAAUGCGUGUUCAAGCCCUGGGACCUCAAGAGAGUCAGCGUCAACAGCCUCGUCGACUCUUCAUCGGGCUCGGAAGAGAAGGGCGGCGAGAGUGAGAUGAAUUCGCUUCAGGGGUACGUGGGAGCUGCGACACGGUAUUUCGAGUCCCGCGGCCAUGGCAGAGGAGCAGGACUGCAGGAGGAUGACGGCGACGACGACACUUGUAAAGCAGGGGAAGUUUGGAAGCCCUACAACCUAUGCGUGGACCUGGCGCCCCCUUACUCCGGCCGGCUGAGCUGCCUGAAACACCUGGCGCGCAGCCCAGCGGACGAAGCCCAUCGCCUGGUGAAAUCCAGCCUCUCCGCGACGUUCCACCAGCUCUACACCAAGGAAUCGCUGAAGCUGCACGACAUCUCGCAUUUCGUCUUCACGAACAACGCCGCCUUGAACCGCUGGAAGGUGCUCACCUCGGCUCGAGGGCUCCGGACGGUAGCCGCGGCCACGCUGCUCGGUGCGAUCGCGGUGUUCCACUACGGCGGCGGCGCCGCCGACCAGGUCAAGGCCGACGUCACCGUCACGUACGCGCUGCUGUGGUCUGCGUUUGUGAUGGAGUACGUCUUGCCCACCGUGAUCCACCAUACGUUCGGCAGGGUACAGCGGCUGUUCACCGGGCACCGGACGUGGCCGGACCAGGUCGCGCAGUACAACCUCAUGGGGUACGUGGCACGCAGAAGGAAGCACUCGUGGCUCAUGGAGGUGGUAGGCUGGCUCGGCUGCAGGGACCUGGUCGACCAGCUAUGGACCAUGGACCCGUGCAAGGGCGCUUCGUCCAGGGAGAUCACCGGCCUUGUCCACGGCCACGUCGCCGGAGGGUGGAUGGAGGGUCACAUAGCCGGCGCGGACUCGUUCCGGGCGUUCAACGACUACCGGGGACAGUGGACUCUCAACAACAGCAGCGUGCCAUCCAUGGUACUGAUGAGCGUGUCGAGGCCGUUCGACGAGAGCGUCCUCGUCUGGCACCUCGCCACCGACUUCUGCUUCCACCUCCUCCAGGAGGACCCGUCCCCCUCCAGCGCCACCGCCCGCCGUUGCAGGGAGAUGUCCAACUACAUGGCGUACCUCCUCUUCGUCAAGCCGGAGAUGCUGAUGCCCGGUGCCCGACGCAGCCUGUUCAGGGACACCUGCGGCGAGCUCGUGGGCCUGCUCGGGGAGGACCGUCCUGGCGCGCCGCGGGCACGGGGAAAGAGAGGCCUCGCGCACAAGGUCGUCCAGCUGCUCAAGAGGGACGACGGCGGCGGCGUCCUGGGCUCAGCAGGCGUCGGCGUCGUUCGCCGGGCUUGGUGCGUAGCCGAGGAUCUCAUGGACUCGCACAGGGGCAGCGAGGAGAAGAUGUGGGCCGUGAUCCAGGGCGUGUGGGUGGAGAUGCUCUGCUUCUCGGCCAGCAGGUGCAAAGGCUACCUGCACGCCAAAGGCUUGGGAACGGGCGGGGAGUACCUGUCCUACGUAUGGCUCCUGCUCUUGUACAUGGGGAUGGAGACCUUGGCGGAGAAGAUGCAGAGGACGGAGCUGUAUGAGGGCCCCACUGCAGCAGCGUCGUCCAUCAGUGGCCACAAUGUUUGAUACCGCUCGGUCUAACUCUUUGGAAGGAGUCUAAUCCUCUCAAGUUUAGAUAAAUUUUAAGAUAAUAAUGUUUAUUGUUAGAUAUGUCUAUAGAUGGUCAAUAAGCAUGAGGACCGUGAGUCCGGCA